AUGGCGUCCAACGAAGAACAGAAUCAUGUACUGGAAUUCUUCACCGCAAUGGACAACCAAGAAGGAGUCAUUGUUCGGCAAGCGCCCAAGCUGGACCUCGACCUCUACAUAUCUAAUUACAAAGGCCGCACACGCUUCGAGCGGCUCCUACGCAUCGGUCAAUGUUCCGUUCCCUUGUGCCAGGAGGCCUUGAAGGCUGCCAUCGUCGAAGCUAAGCAGGGCCAAGAUACCCAACGAUACCGCGAUGCUUGGGAAUGCAUCCGCAUCGCUGCUCCCAACGAGCCCGAGGCCCAGUGGGAUAGCGCCUGGGUCACCAAUACCGACAAGACCAACAAGCACGAGACAUACCGGUUGGAGACUGAGCUCAAGGGCUACAAGAACAACUUGGUGAAAGAGAGUAUUCGGAUUGGCCACCGGGACCUUGGUCAGCACCUCGAGAGUAUAGGAGACUUGACCGGAGCCACCGAGGCUUACUCCAAAAUGCGACCCGACGCGAGCACGCAGCAGCACAUCCUCGCCGUCAGCAAGCAUUUGAUCAGCACCAUGAUACAGAAGCGCGACUGGGCCGGUGUUCUGGCCAACGCGAACAAAGUGGUAGCCGUGAGCGUACCACCUCAGGAGCAAAACACUGAGCAGCCUUAUCAGAAGAUGGUCUCCGGUGUGGCGUAUCUCGGCUCCGACAAAUACCUCGAAGCUGCAAAGAGCUUCUUGGAGGUCGGGGACCCAACUGCAUGCCAGCAGUACAAUGACAUUGCCAGCGUGAACGACGUCGCCACAUACGGCGGUCUCCUCGCGCUUGCUUCCAUGGACCGGUUGGAGCUGCAGUCGCGAGUUCUGGAUAGUUCGACUUUCAGAAACUACCUCGAAUUGGAGCCUCACAUCCGCAAGGCCAUCUCCAUGUUCGUCAAUGGAAGAUACUCAGCCUGUCUGGCCAUCCUCGAGUCAUACCGGCCUGACUACCUUCUGGACAUCUACCUUCAGAAGCACGUCAGCACGGUCUUCUCGCUCAUCCGCAGCAAGUGUAUCGUCCAGUACUUCUUGCCCUUCUCAUGCGUGACGCUGGAUAGCAUGAACGCUACAUUUGCCAGACCGGGCGAGUCUCUAGAGGCAGAACUCAUCACGAUGAUCAAGAGCGGGGUGUUGAAGGCACGGAUCAAUACUAUUGACAGGCUCCUUGUCGCAGUUUCUACCAAUGCUCGUGUGGCCAUGCAGACUAAGGGCCUCGAAGCUGCACGGAACUACGAGAAGGAGGCAUUGGAACGCAUUCGACGGGUAAGCCUCGCCGCAGCCAACCUCGAGGUCAAGGGCCAGUCUCGGAAUGCGGGCGGGGGACUCCCCGGUGUUGGUGACCUAUGGUCAGAUGAUAACGGCAGACGGUUAUUGAAUCCUGGUGAAUCAGCGAUGGGCUAG